AUGAGGACCAGAGACGCUCAAAACGCCCCGAGACGUGAUCGCUCACCUCGGAAUGCUGCCAGAUCAAACGGUCCAGAAGCUAGAGGUCCUACUAGUCGUCCGUACAUCUUCAGAUCGCUUGAGGAAUAUAUCAUCACGUCAUUCAAAGGCUGUGACUGUCUGAACAGCUCCUUUACCACAGCACAGCCGGCCCCGCGGAAUGCUGUUAACAGCAGCCCACCAAAGCAGAAAGCGGAACCAAGCUCUGCUCAGGCCCCCAGUGAGGUAACAUUUGAACCCGAUCCGAAGCUACUGCUUCUUGGAGACAUUGCAGAGAAUUCCUCCUGGUGGAUGAACGAAGUAGAACAGAUCAGUAGCUCUCAUCGGUCCCGCUCGAAAGAGCGCCGGGAGAAGACCUCUAGUUCAUCUAGGCCUGUUUCUUCUAGGAGCCCUCGGAUUAAUUGGGCAGAACUUGCACAGUGGCACCACCUGAUCAUGACGGCGGGAACGUCAUGGGUGGAGCUGUGGUCAACAAUGAAGCCUACAGAGAUGAAGAGGGAAGCAGACGCCGUUAUAGCCCAAAAGUGGACUACCACCGACCUGGCUAUGGUUGACAGAGAGAUUACAGAGUCGCGCUUACAUUUACACCGAACGCUCUUGAAGGCGACCGAGAACCUGCUAAAACGGCCCAGGCGGCCAUUAAAGAGGCCCGAGGAUACCAGGUUCCUACUGAUGCUACUGACGAACCCGUUGAUUUACCCAUCCAGUUCAUCGUUCGCAUCUUACAGUCUGGCGCCUUCGGCGGCCCGUGGUGACCGGAGGCCCUCGCACCCGAAAGAUGGCACUCCAAGACCAGCUCCUCGGAAUCCGAAGCCCCCAUCAAAAUCCCGCAGCAAUGGCCCGGGGCAUCAUUAUGGCAUUGUCAAGCGGAUAUUGGGGCUUUUGGCCAAUUUACCGAAUGACUGCCAUCACUACUUGGUGUCCUGGUUCUCGCGGUUCUCGGCCGGGCAAUUUGAGAAGAUCGUGGACCUUGUUGGGGGGUUUGUUACUCAUCGGUUAAUGCGUCAACAUGGGAGGAAGCGCAGCGAGUCGACUCAGCACGAUGAUGACUUGGUGCCCAGCUUCUCUAGUGCCGCGGGCCAUACUCCGGCCGAGCUGCAUGCGGCGAUCAAUGGCAGAAGCCCCAACAAAGCAAAUGAGCAGCGCGACCAGCCCGUGGUCUACACUGAUGACUGGCAGGUGCGAGCUGCGGCGCGAGUGAUGUCUCUGCUCUUCACGGCGAACAAUGCGAACGUUUCCCGAAAGCCGGACGGCAUCCUUGGCCAAGAUGCGAGUUCUGUGGCUAGAAGUCAGGCCAGCCGGCGGGGGCAUAUGAUUCCGAUCAGUUCCUUUUACAAUACACUGCUAGACUAUUCCGACCUUGUCGCCGACUUUGAGGCCUGGGAGUCGAAGACGACCAAGUUCUCCUUCUGCCAAUACCCUUUCUUCCUGAGCAUCUGGGCCAAGAUCCAUAUCCUGGAACACGAUGCACGCCGGCAGAUGGAGGUCAAAGCUCGCGAAGCGUUCUUUAACAGCAUCAUGAGUCGCACGGCGAUCAGCCAGUAUCUUGUGCUGAAGGUGCGCCGCGACUGCUUGGUGGAAGACAGUCUGCGGGGAGUCAGUGAAGUCGUUGGCUCCAGCCAGGAGGAGAUCAAGAAGGGACUACGCAUCGAAUUCCUCGGUGAAGAGGGCGUUGAUGCGGGAGGUCUCCGCAAGGAAUGGUUCCUGCUCCUUGUCCGGGAAGUCUUUGAUCCUCACCACGGGCUAUUUAUCUAUGAUGACGACUCGCGAUACUGUUAUUUCAAUCCAUACUGUUUCGAGUCCUCAGAGCAGUUCUUCCUGGUCGGGGUCCUACUGGGACUGGCCAUUUACAAUUCGACCAUCCUCGACAUUGCACUGCCACCGUUUGCCUUCAAGAAGCUCCUGGCUGCGGCACCGCUGUCGUCAAUUACGCGGCCUACGUACAAGUGCGGCCUGGAUGAUCUGGCGGAGCUCCGCCCGGCGCUUGCCAAGGGUCUACGGGCGCUGCUUGACUACGAAGGGGACGUUGCGGAGACGUUCUGCUACGACUUUGUUGCGCAGGUUGAUCGUUACGGCGAAACAGUGUCGGUACCCCUUUGCGCUGGAGGGGAGAAUCGGCCGGUGACCAAUGCGAACCGCCGGGAGUUCGUGGACCUGUAUGUACACUUUCUCCUAGACACGGCGGUCACACGGCAGUUCGAGCCGUUCAAACGGGGGUUCUUCACGGUCUGCGGCGGCAAUGCACUCUCUUUGUUUCGUCCGGAAGAGAUCGAGCUGCUGGUGCGCGGUUCGGACGAGCCGCUGGACGUGGCGUCCCUGCGGGCGGUUGCCACGUAUGACAACUGGUCCAAUGCACGGCCAGAGACAGAGCCGGUGGUGCGGUGGUUCUGGGAUUUCUUCGAACAGACACAGCCGCAGGCGCAACGGAAGAUCCUGUCGUUUGUGACGGGAAGCGACCGCAUCCCCGCUAUGGGGGCGACGAGCCUGUCGAUCCGGCUGGUGUGUCUUGGGGACGAGACGAGCCGAUUCCCGACGGCGCGGACGUGUUUCAACCAGCUAGGACUGUAUAAGUAUGAGACGCGGGAGAAAUUGGAGCGCAUGCUUUGGGAUGCGGUGUUGAAUAGCGAGGGGUUCGGGCUGAAGUAG